GGGGGAGUAUAUAGAGGAACACAGGGGUCUGUACAAGGACGUGAUGAUGGAGAAUCACCGGCCCCUCACAUCACCGGAUGGGCCCAGUAACAGAGAUACCCCAGAGAGAUGUCCCCGUCCUCUGUAUUCCCAGGAUUGUACAGAGGAGAAUCACAGGACCCCACAGGAGGAUCAGGUGAAUGUAACAGAAGAAAUAUAUUGGCUGAACGUCCCAUUGUAUCUCCAGAUUGUGAAAUUGAAGCUAAAGACAUCAUGCGAGAUUCUCUGGAAGACCAUGUGAUCCCAAUUAUACAUCCAGUACCUCACAGUGCAGAUAUAUCAUCUCUUACCUGUAAUCAUGAGGAAUUUUCACCUGAUACCUCAGAUAUUGGUCCAUCUAUCACAGCUCUUAGAGUAGAUACGUCAUUUCCUAAUGAUGCACAUGACAUAUGUUUUACUCAGAGCACGAAGAUUAUUACCCAUCAGCCACCCAAGACAGGUGAGAGGCCAUUUCCAUGCUCUGAGUGUGGGAAAUGGUUUACAUACAAAUCACAACUUGUUAAACAUGUGAGAUGUCAUACAGGUGAGACACCAUUUCCAUGCUCUGAGUGUGGGAAAUGUUUUAGACUCAAGUUAGCUCUUGUUAGGCAUGAGAGAAGUCACACAGGUGAAAAGCCAUUUCCAUGCUCUGAGUGUACAAAAUGUUUUACUCGGAAGUCGCAGCUUGUUCAACAUGUGAGAUGUCAUACAGGUGAGAGGCCAUUUACAUGUUCUGAGUGUACAAAAUGUUUUACUGAGAAGUCGAAGCUAGUUCAACAUGUGAGAUGUCAUACAGGUGAGAGGCCAUUUACAUGUUCUGAGUGUGGGAAAUGUUUUAGAAUCAAAGUAGAUCUUGUUAGGCAUGAGAGAACUCACACAGGUGAAAAGCCAUUUUCAUGUUCUGAGUGUGGGAAAUGUUUUACACGCAAAUCACAUCUUGUUGUGCAUGAGAGACAUCAUACAGGUGAGAGACCAUUUCCAUGCUCUGAGUGUACAAAAUGUUUUAGUCACAAAUCACAGCUUGUUAUACAUGAGAGAAGUCACACAGGUGAGAAGCCAUUUCCAUGCUCUCAGUGUGGGAAAUGUUUUACUCAUAAAUCACAGCUUGUUGAACAUUUGCGAAUUCACACAGGUGAGAAACCAUUUCCAUGCUCUGAGUGUAGAAAAUGUUUCAAACACAAAUCACAUCUUGUUACUCAUCAGAGAAGUCACACAGGUGAGAAACCAUUUCCAUGCUCUGAGUGUGGGAAAUGUUUUACACGCAAAUCAUAUCUUGCUGUGCAUGAGAGACAUCAUACAGGUGAGAGACCAUUUCCAUGCUCUGAGUGUACAAAAUGUUUUAAUCACAAAUCACAGCUUGUUAUACAUGAGAGAAGUCACACAGGAGAGAAGCCAUUUCCAUGCUCUGAGUGUGGGAAAUGUUUUGCACAAAAAUCAUCUGUAAUUGAACAUAAGAGAACUCACAGUGGUGAGAAACCAUUUACAUGUUCUGAGUGUGGGAAAUGUUUUGCACAAAAAUCAGCUGUAAUUGAACAUAAGAGAACUCACAGUGGUGAGAAACCAUUUACAUGUUCUGAGUGUGGAAAAUGUUUUACACACAAAUCAUAUCUUGUUAGACAUCAGAGAAUUCACAAGUGAGAGGCCAUUUCCAUUUUCUGAAUGUUGAAAAUGUUUUAUAUACAAAUCACAGCUUGUUGAACAUCAGAGAAGUCACACAGGUGAGAGGCCAUUUACAUGCUCCGAGUGUGGGAAAUGUUUACACACAAAUCCACUCAAUAUUUUUAGAGAGGAUAUUCUAGAGUUGCCUUUCACAUAAAAGAAUAUGAGUAAAUACAACCUCAUUAAUAAAGGGAAUGGAAAAGUUAUAAAGAGAGUUUAGAAAAAUAUUUGUUCAUUUGUAUAAAAAAAAGCAAACCCCACUGAGGUGACCUAAUUAAAAUGUAUAAAUAUAUUUGAGAAACAUACAAAGAUUUAACAAGCACAUCACACUAUGCUCAUGUACAAUUGUACCAUUAUUUUUAUGAUUGUAUUUUUUUUCUUGUUUUGAUAUUAUUUUUAUUAAUACUUUACAAACAAUA